AUGCAUCACACGGCUGUAACACGUUGUGCGUGGGGUGGAGCUUCAGGCGGAUUUCUUCUCCCAGCACAGCGAACACACAUGAGCGUCUUUGAUCGGGUAAGUAUUUUUGGCUUACUUACUAUUACUACCACAAUUUUUGGUGAAUAUUGGAUUUACGGUACUACCUGAGC